AUGCAACAAGAGAAGGAGCCCUUUCCUGUCACUGAUAAGUGUCUUAUAACCACGCCAUGCCGCAAUGGUCAGCACUGCCGAGAAUGUGACGAUGACGGAGACUGUUCACAGUGUGAACGUGGAUACUUUGGCAAGAAAUGCAGGUCAGAGUGCAGCAGCAGAUGCACAAAUCGGUCGUGUGAACUCACAAAGGGAAGAGGCAUCGAGACAUGCACGGAGGGAUGUGUUCCAGGUUUCCAGGGUACAAGCUGCAACAUACCAUGUGACAACCCUGGGACACAAUGUGCAGUGUGUGACGGUGGAUGUGAUGGAGGAUACUGCAGGCUGAAUUCAUCCUGCGUUUCUGGAUGUGUUGACUCCUACUAUGGCCUUGACUGUAAGAACUGCUCUGAGAGAUGUAAAUCCUGUAAAAGGUCUUCAGGGAUAUGUGACGAUUGCCACGCCCCAUACAGGGGUCUGAACUGUGAUAUGUCAUGUGAGAACUGUCCAGGAUCUUGUGAGUCUGGAUGUGAAGGAGGCUGUAAACCUGGCUUCUAUGGACCUUGGUGUGAUAAGGUGUGCAGUGAAAACUGCCGUCCUGGCACCGACACAGAUGCAGUUUCUAUCUUGGAAUGUGACAGAAACGUCUCCAUCAAUUGCAUCACCGAAUGCAAUAAAACCACAGGAGAUUGUGUCGUCGGUUGUAAUGCCGGAUGGUAUGGUAAAAACUGUUCAUCCCGCUGUAACCCAGAGUGUUCGUAUGUGGCCUGCGCUGAGUCAGGGGCGUGUGUAGAUGGUUGUGCACCAGGGUAUGCUGGGACUGACUGCUCAUGCAACGAGAACUGCAUCGAUCUUGAUUGCCACUCGGAGAACGGAACCUGUGUGAAAGGAUGUAACAAUGGUUAUUAUGGUGCGUUUUGUAACAACACCUGUGAGAUAUGCGUUGAUGGUGUUUGUGACCGGAAGUUUGGAUUCUGCAACAAAGGAUGUAAUAUUACUCACCAGACUUGCAAAUCUACAUGUCGACAUGAUUGUCCCAUAGAGACAUGCCUUGAAGACAGAAGGUGUUCUGUGUCGGCCUUAUUUAAAGUGUGGAAGGAGUUUGAAUUAAGUCCGCCACUGGCCUCAGAAAUCCUCAAAGUAUAG